AUGAAUUGUGAAGACAUCAUUCUGUCUGAUGAGCCCGGUGUUAUUUAUGCUUCUUGUGACCCAGUAAGAUCCUAUUACAAUGAUAUUAUGGGUGUCAACAAGUUGGCACCCGGUCAACCUGUUGAAAAUGGCGCUAUCUGGAAAGUAGAUUAUAAUCAGCAACCUGCCGAUCUUAAAAAAUUGGAUAUGAGUCCCUUGCAAGACUACCACCCAUUGGGUAUUUCAUUGUACGUCGAUCCUGUGUCUGGAAAAAAGACACUGUUGACGAUCAAUUUACCACAUAACGAAUCUCCAUCAGUUGAGAUCUUUACUGUUCAACAGGAUGAACUUGUCCACAAGCGUACUAUUCGCCAUCCAGAACUCUAUAGUCCCAAUUCAAUCCAUAUUCUUCAAGAUGACCGCUUUAGAUCUCAAGAUGGGACCCCCUCUUUCUUCUUCUCAAACGACCAUUACUAUUCCUCACCAUUGCUUAAACAGGCCGAGACUUUUCUUUUCCCCAAGACCAAUGUCAUGUUUUAUAAUGCUCGUACUGAUCAAACUCAAAAGGUUAUUGAUAGACUCGCCUUCAGUAAUGGUGUCGCCGGUACUGAUGAUGUACUGUUUGUCUCUGAAACAAGUGCAGGAAAAGUGCGUCAAUACAAAAUCAUCCGAAAGACGGACGAACGGGGGCUUCCUUAUGUUUCUCUUGACUUUGAACAUGAAACUAGGGUGAAUGGUUCCCCUGACAACCUUCACUAUUACCCUGAAAAGGAAAUCUUGGCAAUUGCCACUCAUCCAAAGCCUAUUGAAUUUUACAAGCUGAUCGCUGCUCCUGAUAUCAAUAAGGCUCCCAAGUCUCCUUCUGAAAUUGAUAUUUGGGAUAUUUCUACAGGUGAAACUAGAAUGAUUUUGCAGGAUGAUGGAAGUCUCUAUGGGACUUCUUCAACUGGUAUUAUCGAUAUCAAACGCUCCAAACUUAUUGUUUCUGGCGUUUAUGAAGAGGGUGUAUUAGUCUGUGAUUUGUAG